AUGCCUGACUGGUCAUCUCAGUCAGAAAUUUCCCUCGAUAACAAUGCUUUCAUUAAGCUUAUGCAUGCGCUACUUGGGGUAUAUGUUUGGGAAUAUUUCGUUUCUAUCUCUUUCGACUGGGAUUUCAUGUCGGGGCGGAAGAAAUUUCGUUGGCCUAUGAUCUUCUACUUUCUUAACAGAUAUCUUCUCUUAUUUGCGCUCAUCGGAAUGGAAGUCAACUGUCAGGCGUUGUAUACGUUCAACCAGUUGGCCGGUAAUGCCGCCGUUGGCCUGGCCAGUAUCAACCUCAGUCUCCGAACAAUAGCGGUUUACGCCCAAUCCAAAUUCAUAAUUGGCCUUCUGAUUCUUCUUAUACUCGGCCACUGGUCUUUGAUACUACAAGGCGUUCUUAUUAAAGCGGAUUGGAUCCCGGAGACGGAUACCUGCGCAAUCACCUCGGCCAAAAAUACAAUUCUUGCCGCGACUUUCAUAUACUCUAUGGUCUUCGACUUUGUCAUUCUUUCGCUGAAUACGUACAAACUGGUCGGAAGAAGAGGCCCUUCUGGCGGGAGCCAAUUGACGAGAAUGUUGUUCUCUGAUGGUCUGGUGUAUUUUAUCAUUGCGUUCCUGUCAAACCUAAUAGCGACUGUCUUCAUGUGCCUCAACCUCAAUGCUAUUAUGAGCGUCAUCUUCAACGUCCCUGCCGCUAUCGGAAGCACGAUUGUCGCGUGUCGUGCUGUGCGACGACUGAAUAAAUUCUACCAUCGAGGCGCUGAAGUCUACGCCAGUGGGUCAGGGUCAAACUCAAAUGAUGCACCCCCACGCUUUCGAACAAUGAACCCAGUCGCCGUAGGUGGUCGCACUGUGCGCGGUACAUCGGCUAUACGGACGCCACCCUCGGAUCUAACAAGCGGAGUACACGUACAGAUGGAAACCUUCACCCGCACCGAUAACUUCAAUAACGGCAGCGUCUCUCCCACCCAUGUAACCUUCCAGGAAGACUCCACCGACAAAAGGGGAAGCGUGAUCGUCGACGACUUAGAAUUUGGUGACUCUGAGAGUAAGCAUGAGGAACUAUAA